UUUCCAUUCGCAGCAUAACAAACAUUUCCUAUUUAGGAAACCCUCUUCACUUCACUCCUCCUUUACCUUUUUCAAUUAUGUGUACCACUGACUCAGUAGCAAGUACUAGUUAUCACUAUACACUCAGAUAAUAAUAACUCCUUCUCAUUACAAUUUCAAUCUAAUCUUUCAAAGUGAAAACAAGAAAAAUGGGUCGUGGAAAGAUUGAGAUAAAGUUGAUUGAGAAUCCUACUAACAGGCAAGUUACAUACUCAAAGAGACGCAAUGGUAUCUUCAAGAAAGCUCAUGAACUUAGUGUUCUUUGUGAUGCUAAGGUUUCACUUAUCAUGUUCUCCAAAAACAACAAGAUGCAUGAAUACAUCACUCCUGGCCUUUCUACAAAGAAGAUCAUUGAUCAGUAUCAGAAGACUGUAGGGGAUAUUGAUCUCUGGCGUUCUCACUAUGAGAAAAUGCUUGAAAACUUGAAGAAACUGAAAGAUAUUAACAAUAAACUGAGAAGACAGAUAAGACAUAGAAUAGGUGAGGGUGGUUUGGAAUUGGAUGAUCUCAGCUUCCAACAACUGCGUUCUCUUGAAGAUGAUAUGGUUUCUUCCAUUGCAAAAAUACGCGACAGAAAGUUCCAUGUGAUCAAAACUCGAACUGAUACCUGUAGGAAAAAGGUUAGAAGCUUGGAGCAGAUGAAUGGAAAUCUCCUACUUGAACUUGAAAAGUGUGUGAUCCAUCAUCCAUCAUUUAUUUUCCACGAUGAAGGAGAGGAGGAAUCAUUGGCGAACGGUGCAUCCACCCUGUAUGCAUUCUGUCACCACCAUUCUCAUCUGAAUCAUCAUCACAUUCCUCACCACCACCAUGGAGGAGAAGAAGAAGCCUUUAAAACUGAUGAUUUGCGCCUUGCUUGAGUACUAGUUGAAUUAAUGAUCAUGUUAAAUUUGCUUGAAUUAGACAUGUAAAUUAAUUAAUCAGCUAGCACUUUGUUAUUUAAGCUUUAAUUAGUUUGUAAUAUGCUAUUGGUUUGAUCCUACUAUUAAACUUAAGUUGGGUUUCAACCUCUCUCCAUUAGGUAGAGAAUUAGCAAGCUAUAUUUUAUGUUGUUUGUGGUCAAAAACAGAAUCACUGUAUUUUAUCUCUAAGUUUAUAAGUUGUUGGGUGAGUAUGUUUUAUAUAUUGCUUGAUUAGUUUA